AUGGAAAAAAAAAAAAGAUUAAAUUCCUUUAAUGAGUAUUUUAACAAGGUACAGAAAGAAUACAACAACAAUUUGGAAAUUAUUAAGAAUAGUAGCUUGGUCCAUCGUGACGGGAAAGCUAAAGACAAGCAUGUUCACAAAAUUGUGAACAACAUAACGUACAAGGACCAUGCUUCACAUUACGAGAAUUGCACGAUCAAUAACAUCAUGAAAGUACCUCAGGGCGAAUGCUCACGCUCGAUUGUUGCUGAAGAUGAAAGUGUUAGAAAAAGAACAUUUGAGUUCAAUGAAGCGGUCACAACAGACUUCAGAAUGAACUCUUUGUAUCAUUAUCUGUACACUAUUUCCGGAAAUUUUGGCAGUAAGAAAGGUCUUCGAAAGUUUAUAGUCAGAGAGCGUUGCAGAAUAUAUGAAGAUUAUCUUGAAGAUUUAGAAAAGUUUAACUUGAUGAUUAUGGAUGUAUAUGAUCUGAUACUUGAUACAGUAAACUUCAAGGACUGGUACGGAGAACAUUUACAUGAGGAAGACUUUGGAUGCUAUUGGAAGUCUAUUUUUGAUAUUAUAUUUCGAGGAACCCAUAUCUCGCUAAUAAGAAAAAUAGAUUUGAUUUUUAAGGACUCUAUACUUGACGACAAAAAUAUAAAGAAGAAUAUCGAAUUGAGCUCUGUAGAAAUCAAGCCUUCCAUUGUGUCAGAAGAUGUUGAAGCAAUUCAGCUGAACAAAAAUAUUAGAGUAAACAAGAGCAUCUUGCAUAAUAUCGCCGCACAUAUGGGAGAGCAUAAUGAUGAUUGUUAUGAUUGUAGUCGUCCUUACAACUAA